GGUGUUUGGUUGGCGCGUGCUGCUAUAGUCAGAAAUAGGGUAGAAGAAAGCUCCAUUGACCAGUGAGCUGGUAAAUUUAGUAAUUUCUGUGUUUUGUGUCUAAUAUUCCAUUAUUUCUAAAGGAUUGUUGUAGACUGUAUUUAUCAAAAUGUCGAGCUUAAAAUCCAAGAAGAACAAGCGAACCCGCACACAGCGGUACACAUCUAAUGUGUUCGCGAUGUUCAAUCAAGCUCAAAUCCAGGAAUUUAAAGAAGCGUUUAAUAUGAUAGAUCAGAAUCGUGAUGGCUACAUAGACAAAGACGAUCUUAUAGAGAUGUAUACGUCACUAGGAAAAGAUCCUACAGAGGAUGCUAUGGACGAAAUGAUUAAUCAAGCGCCGGGACCAAUUAACUUUACUAUGUUUCUGACCCUAUUUGGUGAAAAGUUAAACGGAACGGACCCUGAGGACGUAAUAAAAAACGCUUUCGCUUGCUUCGAUGAUAAAAAUAUGGGAGUGAUCGGAGAGGACUACCUCAAGGAAUGUAUGAUGACGAUGGGGGAUAGAUGGACAGAAGAAAUGGUAGAUGAAUUAUUUAACUGUUCUCCUAUAGCAGACGGUAAAUUCGACUAUCUGGCUUUCACGCGUACACUAAAACACGGUUCCAAAGAAAAGGAUGAUGAAGGAAAAGAAGGAAAAGACGGUAAAGAGGCUGAAAGUUCAACACAACAAACAGCCUAAUCUAUGUGAUAUGUUUGACUCAUCAUGUUAUUUUCGUACUUUCUCCUGUAAAUAUGUCGUAUAGAAAUGAUCAAGACACUGAUACGUAGGAUAAACAUUGUAAUGAUUAAUUCAGAUUCAAAAUAAAUGACGAACUUCGGUGCUAAAUAUGUGUUUUAUCUUUCUUCAUAUGAAAAUAUUUUUUCGAUGAUUAAAAACCCCUCUGAACAAAGCCUACGAUUUUAGAUGUGAAAUAAGCCAUGACUUAAAUUACAAUUAUGUUUAGUUAUUUAAUUAUAUUAAGUAUUUAUCAUAACUGUUUAUUUGUAUUACUAUUUAUCAUAAAAUUAAUUAAAUAGUGUAAUUUAUAGAACUGA